ACAAUGAGUAUUCCACAAAAGAAAAAAAAGAAGGGUUGGAAGAAAUAAUAAUCGAUGGAAGUAUUUAUAAAAAUUCAAACACGAUUGAUAAAAAAACAGCUGAGAAACUUGAAGGAAGAAGUGUAGAUUUGUCAGAAUAUCCUAAUUUAGAAAAAUUAAUAAUCGAUGGUAAUCUACUUAAAAGCAAAUUAACUAGUUUAGAUUUAACUAAUUGUAAUAAAUUGACUAUUCUUGGUUGCUCUCGCAAUGAAUUAACUAGUUUAGACCUAAGCAAAAACGAAAAAUUAGAAGAGUUAUAUAUCAGUGACAAUAAUUUUUUCACCCAAGAUUUAUCAUUUUUAAGUCAUUUAUUAAACCUAAAAGAACUUUGUUUAGGAAAUUAUAAUAAUAAAGAAAAGAUUAACCAAGGUCUUUACAAUCGCUUCAUGGGUUCCUUAAAACCCUUAAAAAAUUUAACUAAAUUAAAAAAAAUAGAUAUUAAAGAUACUGAUAUCAGUCAUGGUUUAGAGUAUUUACCCGACAGUGUGGAAGAAUUGGGUUGUUCAGUUGAUGAAAGAAAGGAUGCACAAGUACAAACUAUUUAUAAUCUCUUUGCUAAUGAGCAAGGGGUGGUAGAAACAGAUACUUUUGGACUUAUAAAAAACUUUCCUGCCAAACUUCAAGUCUAUAAACAAAAAAUCCAAACACAGAGCAACCAAGCUCAAACUGUUCAAAUUGAAAUUCUUACUACUAAUAAAUAG